UUCCAUUUCUUUUAACUCUCUGCAAAUCCCCCUCUUCCCCAACUUCACCUCCCGCCCUCAGAUCCCGAUUUGUUCUUCUUUCGUAACCUCAUAUGGCGAUUGCAGCGCAAGCUCCAGAUAUUCACGGCGACCGUCAAUCUGGUCGGGAUGUUCGCACUCAAAACGUAAUAGCGUGUCAAGCAGUUGCUAAUAUUGUUAAAUCCUCACUCGGCCUGGUUGGACUCGAUAAGAUGCUUGUUGAUGAUAUUUGUGAUGUAACUAAUGAUGGUGCGACGAUCCUCAAGAUGUUAGAAGUUGAGCAUCCCGCUGCAAAGGUACUUGUAGAAUUGGCUGAGCUUCAAGAUCGAGAAGUUGGUGAUGGAACAACCUCGGUUGUUAUUGUAGCUGCAGAAUUUCUUAAGAAAGAAAAUGAUCUGGUUAGGAAUAAAAUUCACCCAACAUCUAUAAUUAGUGGCUUCAGACUAGCUAUGAGGGAAGCAUGCAAAUAUGUCGAAAAGAAGUUGGUUGUGAAAGUUGAGAAGCUUGGGAAAGAUUCUCUAAUAAACUGUGCCAAGACAAGUAUGUCCUCGAAGCUCAUAGCUGGUGACAGUGACUUCUUUGCUAAUUUGGGAAUUAAUGUUUUAAAAGCACAUGGAAAAAGUGCCAGAGAUAGCUACCUACUGAAUGGGUAUGCUCUGAAUACUGGCCGUGCUGCACAAGGAAUGUCCUUGAGAGUUUUCCCUGCCAGGAUUGCUCGUCUUGAUUUUAAUCUCCAGAAGACAAAAAUGUAGUUGGGAGUUCAAGUCUUGGUUACUGAUCCUAGGGAGCUUGAGAAAAUUCGUCAAAGAGAAGCUGAUAUGACGAAAGAACGAAUUGAGAAACUUUUGAAAGCUGGAGCCAAUGUUGUCCUGACUACAAAAGGGAUUGAUGACAUGGCACUCAAG